UGUCUGUCCACAAAACAUAUUUUUCUUGUAUAAAAGGAAAAGGUGGCUGUAUGUAUAGAUGAAGUUACUACUACUCUUCCAUGUGGAUCCAAAAUUAAGUGAAAGGGAGUGAAGGUGGUACUUUGAGAAGGCGAAGCCACUCUCAGACUUUGUGGCCUUGUCAGGCUUCACUCUGAGAUGGAUCAGACCCAAUUGUCCAUAGAUCAGUCCCCACUCUCCCUCUGUUUAUAGGACCCACCACACCACCCCUCUUCUCCCUCCAUACUCAUCACAACACUCACACACACACACACCUUCAUACACUAUACUCCCCUAGCUUUCUCUAUAUACACACCCUCACAUCACAAUUCACAAACCUCUCCCUAGCUCCCAUUAGUCCCUCUCAUGGACAAGACAUCAUCAACAACAACAACCUCCGAGAGAGAAACUCACGACUUCAUGAACGUCGACUCGUUCUCCCAACUCCCCUUCAUCCGCCCGGCUCCUCUUGUCAGAGAGAAGUCAGGCAUUCGCCUCUUUGGCAUCGAAUUUGCCGGCGGAAACAACAACAGCAGCAAUAACAAUAACAAUUUUGUUGUUGUCUCGGCCGAGGAUUCUGAGUCGGCCGAAAUAACAACAGCAGCCAACACCAACACCAACAUCAAUAACAACAAACUCAACUCAUUGGACCUCGAUCCUUCCAACAAGGAGGAAAACACCCCCACUGCCACCAGUACUGGCACCACCGACACGAAUGGCGAGAGCAGCCGCCGCUUCGAGUGCCACUACUGCUGCCGCAACUUCCCCACCUCCCAAGCCCUCGGCGGCCACCAAAACGCGCACAAACGCGAACGCCAGCACGCCAAACGUGCGCACCUCCAGUCCACGAUGGUUCAUGGCAGCACCUUCUCCGACGCGCACCAUGUCUACAAUCUCAUGAACUACCGCUACGGUUCUUCCAUUCCAACACCACCACCACCAACAAUGCCUUAUCCAACAUGGAACAACAACAACAACAACACGCGCUUCUACGGAACAACAACAACGACGUCGUUUUCUCACCACCACCAACACCAACAACAACCUAUUAACGGAAGCCCCUUAGCAUUUUGGCGAAUUCCUAAUGGCACCACCAUUAAUAAUAAUAACCCUAGUUUCAGCCACGAGCGUUCUUCGACGUUGCCGCCUUUGUUCGCGACUGAGGAAAUAGCGAACGUGAGAGCCUCCUCGCAGGUUGUUGUCGGAGCCUCGGGGCCGAUGACGACGCAAAACCGCUACGUGUAUGACUCGAAACAACGCGACCAUGUGAGUUUGGAUCUUCAUCUGUAAUAGUAGUAACAUGUUUCAUGUUUUCGUACAUAGUAUUAUCAUGAGCCAGUAAUAACAACUCUAUUAUGAUGAUGAUGAUGGCAUGGCGCUACGAGAGAAUCGAGGGAUUUGCAGGCAGCGACUCUUUCUAUAGAGCGACUUUGGGGACAAAUUCCAUAAAAUAUGAGAAAUUUCUUGUUUCCAUUUUCUAAUUCUUUCUUUCUUUUUUUAUUUUUUGUUAUUUUACAUUAACAGUACAAUUUUAGAUCAUAUAUAUCCUACAUGUGGUUUAAUUAUCACAGUCUAUUUAAUCUUUAAAUCAAACUUGAUUAAUUAUCUGA